AUGGGAUUCUGGACCAGUGUGGGGUCCCGAUGGACUGUAGGAUCAACAGGUUGGCCGGCCAGUCAGUUCUGUCUCUCCAUCUCCCUCUUUGUGGUGGAGGUGGUCGCAAGCCGGGCCACUGGUUCCCUCCUCUUGCUUUCUUGUGCCUUCCACACCCUGGCAGGCGCCUUGGCAUUAGGGGUGGCCUUGGCUGAUGUCUGGCUGGCCGCUGGAGGAUGCCCCAGCGAGAGGAACACCUUUGGAUGGGCACGGGCCCAAGUAGCAGGCACCGUGAUCAGCACUGUGUUCUUGAGUUCCCUGAGCCUGGCUCUCGUGCCUGAGGCAUUCCGCAGGGUAGCUGAACCACAAGUCACAGAGCACACCCUCGUGCUUAUGGGCAUCGGGGCAGUGGCGAUCCCCAUUCAUCUGGCCAGGGCAGGGUUGCAUGAAAGACACCAUCCAGCCCCAAGCCCAAGACCCUGCUGCAGCAGAAAAACCAAACGCACUGACAGCUCUGCCCAGGAAAUGGAAGAUCUUCUGGAGAACGAAUCCUCACCCAAGUGUCAGCCCUGGCUAGAGGAGCCUGGCAGAGAUCCAAACCCUGAGUCGUCUGAGGACAAGCUUGGACCGUGGCAAGCUCUCUGCUGUGGCUGGAUGGUGCCCUGUCUGGGACCUGUGGCUGUCCUUUUGUAUUCGAUUGUUCUUCAUAUGAUGUGGACUCCAUGUCUGAGUCACACACCCUGCUUCAGGCACUGCACUGGAGCCCUGUGUUGGUCCUCAUCUGCCUCUCAGUCAUUGCAACAAGCACAGGUCACUUGCUGGCUGCUGCACCUGGAUCCCGGACUCGCUGUGGCCGUGGCUCUAGCCCUGUUGUUCUUGGUGUGGCCAGUCUUCCGUGGCUCUGCCAUGGUGCUCCUGCAGGCCAUUCCAGAGGACCUGGACUUACAGCUGCUGGAGCUGCAUCUGCGUGCCACGGAAGGCGUGGCAGCCGUGCGGGAGCUCCACGUUUGGCAGCUGGAUGGCCCAGGCAGUUUGGUGGCCACAGCCCAGGUAUACUGCUUUGACAUUGCUGCCUAUGAGGCUGUGAUGGACCGGGUCCAGCAGGUGUUCUGUGAGCACGGCAUCCACGCAGCCACGGUGCAGCCGGAGCUGGGUGCUUACUGGGAUGAGGAAUGCCACAGAGGGGGCAGCCAGGCCCCACACGAGAGGUACCUGGCUCCUGGGUCGAAAGUAAUGACAGAGUAUGAGACCACAGUCUGA